CGCCAACGCCAUUCCAGCCAAACCCAAUUCUUAAAUACCCUUAUCACGCUUAUCACUCUCAGCCUUCACUCCAUUUUCCUCAAGACAUCCCCUAGUUAGCUAGAACCAUAUCAAACACUUCAAUGGCAGCCAUGGCCACUACCCUCACUUCUUCCCUCUCUUCAAAGCCCAAACCAUCUUUCUUAGACCACAAGUACUCCUCCUUCCAUGGCACACCCUUCGCAUCUCGCUUCACACCCAUCAAAUCUACCCCACAAAACUCCACCAUUUCCAUGUCCUUAACCAGUCCAUACGAUCUUAAUUCCUUCAAAUUCGAACCCAUCAAGGAAUCCAUAGUCUCUCGCGAAAUGACUCGCCGAUAUAUGAUGGACAUGAUCACUCACGCCGAUACGGAUGUUGUCGUCGUCGGCGCUGGCUCAGCUGGUCUCUCCUGCGCUUAUGAACUAAGCAAAAACCCCUCGAUCCGUAUAGCCAUCAUUGAACAAUCCGUUAGCCCUGGUGGUGGUGCGUGGCUCGGUGGUCAGCUCUUUUCUGCCAUGGUUGUGCGUAAACCAGCACACAGGUUCCUUGAUGAGCUUGAAAUCGAGUACGAUGAGCAAGACAACUACGUGGUGAUCAAGCACGCAGCUUUGUUCACUUCCACAAUCAUGAGCAAGCUAUUGGCCAGGCCUAACGUGAAGUUGUUCAACGCCGUGGCGGCUGAGGAUUUGAUAGUGAAGGGAGAUAGGGUGUCGGGCGUGGUGACGAACUGGGCUUUGGUUUCAAUGAACCACGACACACAGUCGUGCAUGGACCCGAACGUGAUGGAGGCCAAGGUGGUGGUGAGCUCCUGUGGCCAUGACGGGCCUUUCGGAGCAACCGGUGUUAAGAGGCUGAAGAGUAUCGGAAUGAUUGAUAGUGUGCCGGGGAUGAAGGCCCUUGACAUGAACACUGCCGAAGAUGCCAUUGUUAGGCUCACCAGGGAGAUUGUACCCGGUAUGAUUGUUACUGGAAUGGAAGUUGCAGAAAUAGAUGGUGCCCCAAGAAUGGGUCCAACAUUUGGGGCGAUGAUGAUAUCGGGGCAGAAGGCUGCGCACUUGGCAUUGAAGGCAUUGGGGCAACCGAAUGUAAUUGACGGGACCUACGGCGAUCUUGGUAGCAUACAACCAGAGCUUGUUCUUGCUGCUGCUGAGUCUGGGGAGAUAGUCGAUGCGUAAAUGUAGUAAGAGGGGCUUUUGUUGAUUUGGAAUAAAUAUGUAAGGAUGAGUGGAUGAAAACUUGGGCCAGCCAUUUUGGGUGGGGAUUGCUUGUUUUGACGGGGGUAUAUAUGAUGGUUGGUGAAAUUUCCUUUGAUUUGUGUUGAGUCGAGUUCCAAAUAUCCAAUUCAAUAAGAGUAUAUACUGUCAAGGUAUAUAUUUUUUUCAAGAAA